AUGGCGACAUCGGGAACAUACGUGACGGAGGUUCCGUUAAAAGGAGCGGCGGAGAAACACUACAAGAAGUGGAAGAGCGAGAACCAUAUCUUCCCUGACGCCAUUGGCCACCACAUCAAAAAGGUCACCGUUCACGAGGGAGAAUCUGACUCUCACGGAUCCAUCAGGAGUUGGAACUACACAUGGGAUGGGAAGGAAGAGGUGUUCAAGGAGAAGAGAGAGAUCGAUGACGAGAACUUGACAUUGAUUUUAAGAGGACUUGAGGGUCACGUGAUGGAGCAGCUCAAGGUGUUUGAUGUCAUCUACCAAUUUAUCCCCAAAACUGAGGAUACGAGCGCCUGCAAAAUCACUAUAAUAUGGGAGAAGCGUAAGGAUGAGUUCCCUGAACCAAGCACCUACAUGAAAUUCAACAAGAGCUUGAUCGUUGACAUGGGCCACCACGCCAGCAAGGCUUGA